CAGCAACCAGUUUCGGUUGCAAGUUGGUGCAGGAAGGACGUGUGUUAGUCGCUCCUGAAACUCAAACUGGUCGAAAGCAUUUUUAAAAUCGAGAAACCCCGAAAUCUUUCGUGCGCUGAACGUUUUCGUGUGAAACUGGGAGCUGAUAUUGAUUUCCUCCAUUUUUUACUGAACUGGACAUUGAAAUAGUGGUGUAAAAUCGUCAACAAUAACAAACAUCAAGGAAACUUGAAAGUUACAAAGUUUUGUGGCGAAAGUUUGCUACUCUGAGGGUGGCGUGUGAAAAAAUUAUCGGACUGUGAACUAUCUUCGAUUGUACCCUACUGUGUAUUUCCCCUUGAUUAUCGAGCAUUGGAACACUAUUCUUGUUAGCUUGAUUCCCUUCUUCAACAUGAAUUCAUGUUAUUUCUAGAUUAUUCUCUGGCAAAAGACUGUGGUGAUCUCAAUUUCUUGAACUUGAACUGUGUUUCUGCUAUUUUACGUAUAUUCUACUUUGAUUUUCAUAAAAAAUAAAACAUUGAGGAGUAUUCGGUUUUCCGGAGGUUUCUUCGCAUUUCCACAUCACUGAGGGUUUUCUCUCCAAUCAACUGUGGCAGUUCGUGAAAAUCUAGUCGUGGAAAGCGGUUAUAACUGAAUGCGUGAGGCAAUGUUGGAUUUGCUUUGAGGUGUUUCACAAUGUUUCAUGGUUCCAACACACCCGGAGCAAUGGCCAUCUCAUCCAACUACAACGAAAACUCAACUAACUGGGACACAACCCCUAGCUCAGCCAUCAGUUCCCCCUCCUCCUCGUCCCACUGCCAACAACAGCAGCAACAACAACAACACCAGCAACAACAGAGCCAACAACAGCUGCUCUAUGUGCCGGGCAGAAACAGCUGGGGCGGCGCGAAUUCGGUUGGCGCCCAAGGCACAAGCUACCAUGACGCCCAUCUGCAGACGGCACAGUACAAUGGGGCGUCAACCCAUCAUCAGGGGGUGGUGGCUCCCCCUCACCACCCUCCUCCUCACCACCCACCUCAUCAUCUGCCCAGCACUUUUUACGCCGCGCAGACGUCGAUUAUGUGGCGUGCGUAUGACUACAAUAACCCCGCGCAUUAUGAUGGCAGCAUGGAGUUCCAGAUGGGCGAAGGCCGCGAGUGCGUGAACUGUGGUGCGAUUUCGACACCACUGUGGCGUCGCGACGGAACCGGGCAUUACCUGUGCAACGCAUGUGGUCUGUACCACAAGAUGAACGGCAUGAAUCGACCUCUGGUCAAACCUGCCAAGCGGCUAGUUAGUCCUGCAUUGACUCAGACCGCAACCCGGCGCCUAGGCCUAUCUUGCAGCAACUGUGGGACCCGCACUACGACGCUCUGGCGUCGUAACAACGAGGGAGAACCCGUCUGCAACGCUUGCGGUCUCUACUACAAACUGCACGCAGUCAACCGACCGCUAGCCAUGCGCAAGGAUGGCAUACAGACACGUAAACGCAAGCCGAAAAAGGCCGCAAACGCAACCUCUGCCGCAACCGCAGGCGGAGCCGCAGGUGGUAGCGGGACGCACGAGACUGCGGCCAACAGUGGUUCAGACUCGAAACACGACCGUACGGAUCGCCCCUACCUGGGCCAUACCUCCCUGCUAGCGGGGCCCUCCGUUUCGGUGAAGUCCGAACCACCGUCAACCGCCUACACGGAGCAUCACCAUGUCACCCCGGGCCAACACACGGACCCCUACUACCACCACCACCAUCACACGCAUCAGUCGCUGACGUCAGCGGCUGCAUCAUCACCGUUCGGCGUGACGUCAUCGCACCACCAUCAUCCCCAUCAUCAGUUGGGCUUCAACUUCCCACACGCGCACACACACGCAAGCGCCGCUCAGUCUACGAGCGGUUAUCAUCAUCAUCAUCAUCAUUUGGGACCUAAAAUUAUGGCUACCACUUGAUUGAAUUGGUAGAAAAUUGGUGAAAAAUUGCAUUUUUUAAGGUGCGUACAGUAUUAUGCGCCAUGAAUACGUGUAUUUUGUUUUCCAUCAGCUGAUGAUAUGCUUACUAUAUUUGAAUCUUACUUUGUUUGUACAACAUAUCGGGGCACCGAACUUCGCUCGUUAUUUUCAUUCAUUGAUAAACAGAAGACAAUUCUCUAAAAUGAUCGUGUUUCUAUUUCACAGCUGUCUAUAUGUCAUCUUAUGAAUUUCGGAG